AUGCACCCAGCAGUUGGGCACACAGUCAACUGUGGGCCAUCUCUGAGGCACAGAGGAAGUGCUGGGAGCAGGCUGUGCCAGCAGCCAUGCAGCAGGAAGGACCCAUGGUGGGGCCAGGACAAGGCAAAACCACAGAAAAGAGGAAGCCCUCAAGUGCCCCAGCCCAGUGCCAGCAGAUGCAGGCAGACAGACACAGGCACCCCAGGCGCUGCUGCACCAGCCCUGCCCCGGUAAGCCUCAGCUUUCACCCGAGGUGACAACCAGCUUGGCAACAUGUCCUGGGCAUCACCGCUGCGGGCCCGGCCUGGCAUGAAGGCAGUGCUCACUGCUGGGGUUCUUGUAACCACCUUCUGGAACCUGAGGCACUUCCUCAACCCCUUGGAGGUCUCCAGAGAAGCCUCCAAGCACACUGAGCCGCUGCUGGUUCUGGUGUGGGAAUGGCCUUCAAAGCAGGUCCCCAACAUUAGUGGGGAUGUUUGCCGUGAGCUGUAUGGCAUCACAGGCUGCUGGCUCACCAUGGAGAGGCAGUUCCUGGGCCAGGCAGAUGUGGUGGUGUUUCCCCACACCAGGCUCCAGCCUGGCAGGGACAAGCUGCCAAAGGAGAGGCCACCACAGCAGAACUGGGUGUGGGUCUCCCUGGAGUCACCCACCAACACUAAAGGUCUAUCCAGAUGGAAGCAGACCUUCAACUGGGUGAUGACCUACAGACGGGACUCAGACAUCUUCAUGCCCUACGGCAAGCUUGUGCCCAACCAGUCAGCCACUGUGAACAUCCCUGCCAAGACCAACUUGGUGUCCUGGGUUAUCAGCAACUACCAAAGGACUCAGGAAAGAGCCAAAGUCUACAAAAACCUCUCCAGGCACCUCAAUGUGAACAUAUAUGGAAAAGCAAACAAAAAGCCACUUUGCAAAGAUUGCCUUUUGGCAACAACGUCCAAGUCCAAGUUCUACCUGGCUUUUGAGAACUCCAUCCACCAGGACUACAUCACUGAGAAGCUCUGGAGGAACUCCCUGAUGGCUGGCACGGUGCCCAUAGUGCUGGGGCCUCCCCGGGCCAACUAUGAGCAGUUUAUUCCUGCAGACUCCUUCAUUCACGUCAAUGACUUUGCGUCCCUGGCAGAGCUGGCCAGCUUCCUGCAGACCAUGAACGCCAGCCGCUACCGGCAGUUCUUCACCUGGCAGCGUGGGCACAGUGUGAAGCUGUACAGCGACUGGACCGAGCGCAUCUGCACCAUCUGCAGCGCCUACCCCAGCCUGCGCCGCGGCCACCUCUAUCCUGACCUGGAGACGUGGUUCAGCUCCUAG